CACAAUGGUGAAGGGGAAGAAGAAAUCAAAUGAACCAUCCGAGAAAAUCACACUCAAGAUGGCCAAAAACGCUCUGAAGGUGACCGUAGAUGGCAAGCGUCGCCUCGACCUCAGUAACAUGGCCAUCGCCACGUUUCCAAAGUGCAUCCUGAAGCUCUGCGACAUAGAGGAGCUGGACCUCAGCCGCAACCUUCUCAAGAAGAUCCCAGACACCAUCGACAAGUUUGUGAACCUCCGCUCGCUGGACCUGCACAGCAACCAUCUGGAGCAGGUUCCUGCGGCAAUCGGCCGUCUGCAUAACCUCUACAGCCUCAACCUGUGCAACAACCAUCUGACCACCUCCGGCCUGCCGCAUGAGCUGGGGCUCCUGAGGAACCUACGGGUCCUCAACCUGGGAAUGAACCACAUCGAGACUCUACCUCCACCUGUGGCUGCUCUCAAAGAGCUCCAGGAGCUGGGGCUCUUCAACAACCUCCUGACACAUUUGCCCAAGUGCGUCCAAAACCUCCCAAAGCUGCAAAGGCUGAACGUCAAAGCCAACCCCAUCCCUCCAGACGAGUCUCCAGAGGUGGACCGCAUCCAGAGAGUGCAGUGUCUGUAUCUAGUUCGGGAGGACUGCUUGUGUACCGACUGCCUCAAGAGGUGUAAGGAGGAAAGAGAGAAACUCGACAGUCGAAUGAGUGCCGCUUCUACACUCAAGAAGUCCAUCUUUGCUGGACUCAUAACGCCAAACUCUGUAGCACAGGACAACCAGGCUAUAUGGAGGUGAACCUGAAGACUAGUGCCGAAUAAAUCCCGCCAAUCUCAAAUAUAUUCCAAAUCCACCUUGUCGGCAUGUACACUCUUAUAAAUAAUCUGUGUUCCCAUGAAGAACCUUUAACAUCCAUGGAAACUUUCUGUUCCACAAAAGGUUCCUUAUAGCAUAAAAAUGUUCUUUUAAAGGGAUAGUUCACCCAAAAAUGAAAAUUCUGUCAUUAAUUGUUCACCCUCAUGUCGUUCCAAACCCAUAAGACCUUCGUUCAUCUUUGGAACACAAAUUAAGAUAUCA